AUGCCGGCAUGGCCUUCAGGGUUUUGCACAUCAAAGGCGAGGGCGCAGCCAUUGAGCCCUCCGCCGACUACUCGGCCUCGCACGUGAAGUGGCUGGUGAGCUCGCUCUCGCCGGUGGGACCACUCAUCCAGAGCCAGGAGCCGGUGCAGUACCACGGCGCCGUCAUCCUCUACAAAGUCGUCGACGAGCAUCCAUCCUUAUCCUUCCGGGUCUACGUGGCUACAAACAACGACUCCUUUAUAAAGGAUAUCGCAAAAGCCAUAAGACAUUCGAAUAAGAAAUUCAUGAAAAUUGACAAGCCCCCUGUAUGCCAGAAAUUACUACAGAAAGGGAAGAGGUAUAGAUUACUUUGUGAGCCAGAAGCCGAAAUAACUCCGGAGGAAAUUGAAUUUGUUGACGGAUCUCUCUUGAAACUAAAAAGCUACAUUGAAGUCUAUUUGGAGAAACCUGACGACUUCACCUUGUCUCUGGUUGAGCUGGAGUCUGAUGCGACCGUGUGGAAAGCAAAACUAAGAGAGAGUGACUGGAUCCAUUACGAUCAGAACAAAAACGAGCAGAAAAGAAGCGCAGUCGGUGUCAAAAAACGGAAACCAGACCUGAGCAUUUUGGAAGAAGACGAGCUCUGUAGCAAAAAGCAAAAGACUGGCAAAACUGCAGAUGGCGUUGAAACAAAGAACUUAACUGACCAACAGCUGAUGGUGAUCGCAAAGUUGUUUGGUCGGCAGUGGAAAGAAAUUGCCAUUGAGUGUCUUCAGAUGGAAAUGAAAGACAUUGAGCAGAUUCAGGCAACAGAGGAAGAAGUUAAUAUGCAAAAAUUUCUGGUGUUAAGCAAGUGGAGAGACAGAAAGCAAAGCAACGGAACUGCAGAAGCUUUGUACAGAAGUCUCCAUGAAAAAGCGUCCUAUGAGAUACUGCAAGUCCUGCAAGGUUUCUCGGAGGAGAAGCUGGUGAAGCCCAUCUAGAAGGAGCGUGGUGGGAGCUUCUCCGGCCGCUUCCCCGGGAUCUCGCUGAGAUUCGGGAAGGAAGAUGCAAGGCGUCAUCACUCAGCGGGAAGUUUAGGCAGGAUCUUUGCAAGAAAUGUGAAUGAAAUUUUGAGCUGAUACAAGCACACGUAAGACUUUUGGGAUCAAUUCCUCACGUGGUGGAUCCCGGCAUCGUGGCUGGGAGUGCCGGGCUUCACGGUCGGGGAAACCCAACGUUGCCACCCAGCUUUGUCUCAUUUGAGCCAGUCCUAAAAGACGUCAGCACUGGGAGAAACCAG